AUGGGUAGCGGGUUGGCGAAGAGCUGCUCCAAUAUCCCCGGCGAAAGCGCAGCUGAUGAGGGGAAUGCCUACAGUCUAGCUAAAUCCGAUCUCAAAGUUGGCACUGUAGCUGCUGCCUUGGCGACGAAGCCGUCGGCUGCGGGCAGUGCGCAGUGGACAUGUAACCCUCAUGCUUCCAAUAGAGGUGAUAUCGCCGCCUCGGUCGCAACAACGACGGUAGUGCCCCCCAAAAACAAUAAGGUGGAGCUCUGCACUGCCUCCAUCACGGCUGGAAGUCCCCCCAAAGGCAGCAGGAGCAAGGGUGACACCAGUUCCGUCACGUCGGUGAACGACGCUGGCUCGCCUAUUCCCAUCCGUAAUGGCAGGGGGGAGCAUGUCGGGUACCUCUCUCUGAGCGACAUUAUUGGAGGCAAGGACAGUCACAGCAAGUACGUCAAGCUUCAAUCCAUCGGCAGAGGCGCCUACGGCGAGGCGUACGUGGUGAUGCGCAACCCUGCCUACAACCCAGCCGCGCUACCCAUGGUGGAGGCGCAGAGUAACAGCAACGUGUUGGCACGCCCGACGCAGCCAAAUGGCCUGUAUGUGGCGAAGAUUAUGGACCUGCGUGCAAUGAUGUCACAAGACCGACAAUACUCCCAGAGAGAGAUUAUGUGCCUGGCGCACACGAAUCACUUCGCCAUCAUCCGCUACUACGAGCACUACGUACUCGACAGCGAUGAUGAGGCGAUGAUCAUCAUUACGGAGCUCGCGGAUCGGGGAGACCUGCGCCGCAGUUUAUACAACGCCUCCACAGUGCGUCCGUUUCUCGAAGAGGGCAGCAAUGCCGCAGCGGGCAAUGAUGCAGGAACGAAUGGUUCUCGGAUACUGUUGUCGGAGCGAGAGGCGGGUACCUACUUUGUGCAGCUGCUCUUGGCGCUGCAUCACAUCUCUGCACGUCGAAUGAUCCACCGUGACAUAAAGAGUGCAAACGUGCUGAUUACCUCACGCGGCUUCCUUAAACUUGGCGACUUCGGCUUCUCGCAGAAGUAUGAGAGCACUGUCAGUAGCGAGAACAUCGCUGGUACAUUUCUUGGCACGCCGUACUACCUCUCGCCAGAGAUGUGGAAAGGGAAGCGCUACGGCAAGAAGGCGGACGUCUGGGCCGCCGGUGUCGUACUUUACGAGAUGCUGAUGGGCGGUCAUCGUCCCUAUGAGGCUGGCAGCUUGCCAGAGCUGCGCAUGCGCGUGCUGGAGGAUGAGUUUGUACCGCCCACGGGGCCACCUACAUUAGGGACGGCGGACGCGCACAAUCAGGAGGCUGGCAAGGCAAAGUUCUCCAACGACAUGCGCGAGCUGCUCGCCUCUAUUUUUCAGAAGUCACCCGAGAAACGACCGAGUGCCGAGGAGCUGCUGCACACGUCUGUGAUGCAGCACUACCUCUUUGUCUUUGAAAAGUACGUCCAGUCUCUCAUCAGCGCCGAUGCGGCGGCACUUGCCGCAAACCCAGCGAUAGACCGGCAGAAACUCUACUUUCCUGACCCGGCGGAUCAGGCGCUGGUGCUGCAGGGCAUUGCUGAGGGGAAGGAUGUCGUUGCACAGGUGUCGAGACGCACGAUCUCCGAGAGCGCCGCGCCACGGUACGAGGGUGUCGUGUUCAAGGAUAGCCAAAACGGUGUGUGGAAGGAGCGGUAUCUUGUCCUCGAUGGCUCCGUCCUCACGAUUUCCCUCUCCAAGGGAAAGGAGGCCGUGAGCGGCGGUGAGCGCAGCAAGCGCGUCCCGCUUUCCUUCAUCAAGUCGGUGAGUCCGUGUGAGGUAGAGGAUGCGCAUGUGCGUGUGGGGACCGCGGGGUGUCCUACCAACAGCUACAGGCCACCCUACGCCUUUGCCAUUGCGAUGAAGAGCACCAACUCCAUCGUGUUUGGCGUCCCCACUGCUGAGGAGCUGGACCAGUGGAUGCAAGUCCUCAUGCGUGCCUUGCAGAUUGACUAA